AUGUGCGGUCACGGUAGCUCACUGUCGCCACCCUCAUCAGACGAUGGAUCCCAUGACUCGGACGCGUCUGAGGGUUCUGAUGAGCCAAGAUUAACGCCCCAGGAACUAGGAGCUUUGUUUGUCGACUUCUAUUCCUUCAUGACCACCCUCAAUUACAACAAAUCCGACCUCAAGAUCCCUCCGCCUACUGGAUGGCCAGAGAUCACACCCGAGUUUUGUGGAUAUGUCAAGUCCGACUAUGCUGUCGAGGUUAUGCGCCAUUUGCCUUACUUCGUCAACAAGAGUACCACUCAAUUCCAUUAUAGAUCUAAGCUCCUUAAUCUUAGGGCUUGGACGCCUGAGGACUUCAAACGUCACCACGAAAUACACGAUUGCUAUGAGUUUUGGUCAUCCGAGGAUGUGCAGGAUCACAGCGAUGUGGUCUGCAUCGCCGAAGGCUAUGGAACCGGCGGUCGCGUGUUAUGGCUACUCGUCAAAGAUUGCGAAAUAAUCGAGCAUAUUAACAAGGCGGAUAUGAUGUCCGAAGUAACAGUCGAGGGCUUCUUUUCAUAUCUUAGAGAUUGGUACGAAAACUUGAAGCUCAUUCCUGGAAAGGGCAGGAUCACAAUUGAAGCAGAGAAAGUCCCUGAGCGCGAAGAACGAAUAACCGAGGACGAGGUGAACAGUCAAACGGAACGUUGGGGAACAGACCUUGAUAUUCAAUAUGUGAGACAGAUCUAUCGUGACCAUGGCUGGCCACAUUCGUUCAAUUUCGAGGCUGCUUCUAGGGCAAUCAAUACUUGGUUAGAACCUUUGGGGUUAGAUUCAGAAGGGCCUAGAGGCUUUGCCUGGCAGAGAGUUGAUUUUGAUUUGUGA